AUGGGCCUAUUCGCUAAAAUCGCCGCCUUUGCUGCUGCUUCGGCUACUCUGGUUAGCGCCAACUCGUUCACAUUCGUCAACCAGGACGGCGCCACCCGCCACAUCACCUUUACCCCGGCUGCAGGACAAGCACCUAUCGCUCCCAUUACGAUUGGAGGAAACGGUCAGGCUAGAGUGGACUUCCCCCAGGGAUGGAUCGGCAAUGCUUACGCUUUCAACGAGGGUGCCCCUGACGUCCCGGGCAUGCUCGCCGAGGUUGCCUUCAACGGCUGGAACGGCUUGACAUACUUUGAUGUAUCGGCCAUCGUGAACCCUAACGACGUUAACGGUGUGAAGGAAAUGUACCCGGCUAGUCAAAUGCAAGCCGCGUCCAAGGUUGCCGUAUCCGGGUGCCAAGUGUUCCCUUGCGGCAGCGCUUACUACCACCCUGACGACAUCCAGACCGUCACGACCCCAGAGGCAGACCUUAUCGUUACCCUCGGCGGCGGUGCCCCCGCCCGCCGUGACGUUGAGGCCAUGGUGGUCCCGCGUAACUACGUUCUCGGCAAGCUCUCUGCGUAA